ACAGUUAAACUUGUUGAAGAAUGCCACCCUGCAACUCAAAGUCACCGUUCAACUACGCCCAAGAAGCCGCCUCAAGCUACUGAGGCCUGAAAUGACCACCAGGGUUUCUGAAGACAUCUCCAUAACUUCAGUCGGCCUGUCAGACCUAACCAGCUCGUCGUCCGUUUCUGAUAAAGUCUGUGUACAUUGGGGAUGUGAGCUCAGUUCCAGCCAAACCACAGCUAUGUUUGAGGCAGAUGAUGAUCUUUUGGAGAACCAGUUCUUCAUCAAAACAAUAUGCCUCAGUGCACAGGCAAGUGAUGAGAUGCAUGUAGUUGCUGUAUCUGAUGGAGUUGGCGAGUCCAAGCCUGUUCCGAUUGCCACCCUGCGUCACUGUAUGCCCAUGGUCAGCUUCCCUUCCUUGGAGCUCAUGCCUCCUGUUAUGUUUAGUUUGUGUUCAGGCAAAGGGCCGGUGUUCAUCUCUGCGCAACACAUUACACUUAAUCCUACUGAAAACACGGAGGAAGAGGAGGAAGCACAAGGAAGCUUCUUGAUUGACGAUUUGACAGACUGAACCAUUCUAACUUGUCAUCAGUCAACUGCAUGGAUGAAUUUAUCCAUAAAAUGUACAGCUUGGACCUGUGAUUUCAAACAUCAGUAUGUAUAGCCUACUUAAAUGAAUGUGUAUGAUGUUCACAAGUCAGGAAAGCAAAGCAACAUGUGAAGCGAAACAAAUCCAAAGACUUGGAGUAUGUGUUGGCAGCAGGUUGUGAUGUUUGUCCGUCGUUUCUUUUAUAACUAAUCAGAUACAGAUGAUGAACCCAAGGUCAAGUGAUUGCUGAAAUGAAUGCAUGUGAUGCAAAUGAGAGAUGAGCAAAGAUGAUUGCUGUAUUGAGUUCACUGAUGCGUGAACAUGUGAAUAGAAGCGGGUCCAAUCCCGAGCAAUAAUAAUUUGUAUUGUUAAUAUGUUAAAUGUG